AUGGAUUUUUAUAGAGAGUUUGUAGCAGGAGGCUUUGGAGGCACUGCUGGUGUGAUCUCUGGUUACCCAUUGGACACACUCCGCAUCCUUCAACAGAGCUCCAACAAUGGUUCUGCCUUAACCAUCGUUAGAAAUGUUGUAGCCAAGGAAGGACCAGCUGCUCUCUACCGUGGCAUGGGUGCACCUUUGGCCUCUGUUACUUUUCAGAGCGCUAUGGUUUUCCAAAUUCAUUCAGUUCUCUCAAGGGCAUUUAGCUCGUCCAUUUCAGCGAAUGACCCUCCUUCACUCAAGGGUGUUGCUUUAGGAGGAGUUUGUGCCGGUGUUCUCCAAAGCACAUUGCUCUCCCCUAUUGAGUUGGUUAAAAUUCGCCUUCAGCUUCCCAACACAGCCCAAUUGACACAACCACAGAAAGGCCCUGUAAGUGUCGCUAAGAACAUAUGGAAAAUGGAGGGUCUUCGUGGCAUUUAUCGAGGACUUGGCAUCACUAUGCUCAGAGAUGCACCUGCAUAUGGAUUCUACUUCUGGACAUAUGACUAUGCGAGGGAAAAACUUCACCCAGGUUGCAGAGAAAGUUGUCAAGAAAGCUUGAAUACUGUGUUAAUAGCAGGAGGAUUGGCUGGGGUAGCGAGUUGGGUUUCUAGCUACCCUUUUGACGUUAUAAAGACAAGAUUGCAGGCUCAGACACCUUCUUCGUUGAAAUACAAAGGCAUUGUGGAUUGCUUUAGAAAGAGCAUUAAGGAAGAAGGGUACGUUGUGCUUUGGCGGGGUAUAGGAACUGCUGUCAUUAGAGCGUUUGUAGUGAACGGUGCUGUGUUUUCGGCUUAUGAGAUCACUCAGAGGUGUCUCUUUAAGAACCAAAGCAUUCAGAUGUAG